AGAUUCAAAAUGGAGCCAGGAAGUACCGGCGGAUUAGGCAUUGUCAGUGACGAUGCUAAGGACGGCGAGAAAAUUAGCACACAUCUCGAACUCCAAGAGAAAUAUGGGGGAGAAAAUGUCACCCUCACCUUCCAAGUGGAAGGUGAGGACCUUCAAUGGGAAGAUACUUAUCAAAGCGGUCUUUCUUUUGAGUGGAUCAAAAGUAAAGUUGCUGAAAAACUUGAAGUUACUUACCAAGAUGUCAGCCUUCUGCAUGAGGGCAACCCAGUGAUCGAUCCCUUCUGUAUUGUAGAUAUGGGCCUCCAGACUGGUGCAGUUAUUACAAUCAAAAUUAAAGAUGGAGCAGACAGAGGAUAUACAGCCAUCAAAGAACAAUUAGCUAAAGAGGCUGAAGAGAAGGAGGAACAAGUCGAAGAUGACGAUGACGAGUAAAUUUGUAAAAUUGAAUCAUUCAUAUAAUUUGCUUCCUGGUUAUUGGUCAUCAUGAGCAAUCAACCAUCAGGAAGCUUAAAAAAUAAAUUGCAGACUAUUCAGC